AUGGAGGCUCUCAACGGUACGGCGGACCUGGGCCAGGUCUCCUUCCUCCUGGUGGGCAUCCCUGGGCUGGAAGCCUUUCACGCCUGGAUUGGCGUCCCCCUCUGCUUCAUGUAUGUCCUGACGGUGCUGGGGAACGGCGCCGUUCUCUUCGUCAUCAGGACGGAGCCGGCUCUGCACAGGCCCAUGUUCCUCUUCCUCUCCAUGCUGGCCACGAACGACCUGAUUCUCAGCACCUCCACCCUGCCCAAGGCGCUGAGCAUCAUGUGGGCGGGCUCGCGGGAGAUAGGCUUCGGGGCCUGCCUGGUGCAGAUGUACUUCAUCCACACCUUCUCCAUCGUGGAGUCCGCCAUCUUGCUGGCGAUGGCCUUUGACCGCUACGUGGCCAUCUGCAACCCGCUACGCUACGCCACCAUCCUCAGCAACCCAGUGGUGGCCAAGAUGGGUUUGGUGGCCACUGCCCGUGGAGUGCUCAUGGUCAUCCCUUGCCCCAUACUCAUCAAAAGGCUGCCGUACUGUUUUCACAGGGUCAUCGAGCACACCUACUGCGAGCACAUGGCGGUGGUCAAGUUGGCCUGUGCCGACACCUUCAUCAACCGGACCUACGGGAUCUGCGUGGCCCUCGUGGUGGUGGUGGUAGACCUGGGGCUCAUCGCCACCUCUUACGCCAUGAUCCUCCGAGCGGUCUUCCGGCUGUCGUCGCGGGAUGCACGGGCCAAGGCCCUCGGCACAUGCGCGGCCCACACUUGCACCAUCUUGGUGUCCUACGUGCCUGCCCUGUUCACCUUCCUGACUCACCGAAUUGGCAGAAACGUGCCUCCCUACAUCCACAUCCUGCUAGCCACCCUGUACCUCUUGCUGCCACCCAUGGUGAACCCACUCGUGUACGGGGUGAAGACGCAGCAGAUCCGUCAGCGGGUGCUUGGCCUUUUCAGCCAAGGGGGGAAGGUGCUUGUAGAGCACUAG